AACGUACAAUUUAACGACCACAACGUUACGUUAUCACACUCAAAAUUCAGCACUGUGUUUGUUUGAUAUUAUUCUAAUUUUGAUGAACUUUUAAAGACUUUGGAUACUGUAUUAGUCUGUAUUUUAAGUAUUACGUUAUUUAAAAAACUCCGUGAAACACAUUAUCGACCAACUCGAAGCGGUGUCUGUUUGUGGCUCUCACAUGUAAAGCUAGCAUUCAAGCUAGCACUGUUACAGCAACACCUGGGCUGGUUCUUGGAUUUAAUUGAGCUUAUUCAUAACUCUUUAAAUCCAGAAAAAUCAUUAAGAAUCAUCCCUGUAAUUUUACAAUAUUUCAACUAAGCCCUCCCUUGUUUACCUUCAGAACCUACAUGAAUAUUUCCUCAUAACCAGUGGUGGACAGUAACAGAAACCAUGAAGGUGAGCAAACCCACACAGGCUAAAACCCAGACGAAAUCCCAGAAGUGGAAGGAUGUGAGAGGCAGACGCUGCAGGCCUCCCAUCGGUCCCUCAGACCUCAACUCCAGCCCUGUCAUGGCCAGAGUGAUCCAGGAGCACCAGGCCACUGUAAAGAAGAAGAAGAAGAAGAAGCCGUCUGUGAAGAGACUGAAGAAAAAGGCAAAGUCUGUGUCUGACACCAAGAAAAAUAACACUCCCAAGUCUGGGUUGAAGAAGCCACACGCUCAGGCGAAUGGGAGCUCAGUGUACAACAUGGACAACGAGUCAGAGGACUCCCAGGACUGGAAGGAGUACUCCCAGUCCCUUAACAAGAACGGCGUGGAAAGCUCAGGUGAUAUGGACGACUUAAGACCAGGAAGACUGGAGGGAGAGGCUCUUCAUUACUGUGCAGAGAGAGAUGAUCGGAAGAACCACGCUGUGCUCGUCAUGCAGGAGAAUCAGACCCUGUGUUUCCGUGGGAAGUGCUUUCUGACCAGCCUGUACGGUCGGGUAGAAGUGAUGGGCUUCACCAUCGAAGAAGGCCAGCAGUCGUAUCCACUGUUCUCUCCAGCUUCACACUGUCCGAUCACCAUCAGAGCUCUGGAAAGCUCCCCUCACGCCCGAGAAGACAGGACAGAAGCAUCAGACAUCCUCAGACAGUAUCUGUCAACAGUGUCACGUAAGAAGCUGUUAAAAAGAGUACGGCCAAACUCAUCCAUCAUUCUACUGGAGCCCAUGGAGACUCCUCUCACCCGGUUUCUAUCAAGCUUCAGUGAUUAUGGUGAAUUGUUCAGCCCCCCAAUGGGUGAACUCAUGUCAGCUGUUCUUGACACUCCACUCAACGGUUUGGGAAUGAUUCCCCUGGUCAGAGCCAUCGAAGGCCUGAAAAUGUCAGAGACCUACAGAGAAGCUCUAAACAUGGUGGUCAAUGCCUGCAUAGGUGACUUUGACGGUUGUGCAGUAAUCCUCGUAUGUGGAACCAAGAAUGUGGGCAAAUCAACAUUUAUCCGCUUCCUCAUCAACACCUUACUAAACCAUACUGCCAGUGUAGAUUAUUUGGAAGGAGACCUCGGUCAAACAGAGUUCACUCCUGCUGGAUGUCUGUCCUUGUCGACCGUCAGAGAACCUCUUCUAGGUCCUCCUUUCACACAUCAGUACACACCAGAAAACAUGAUCUACUACGGUCAAACAUCAUGUGAGUCAGACUUAGACCGCUACCUGGAAUCCCUGAAGUCCCUGUGGCGUAGACGCUCCCCGAGCAGAGAGACUCCUGUCAUUAUCAACACCAUGGGCUGGGUCAAAGGAUUUGGAUUCCAGCUCCUAGUGGACAUGAUCCGCUUCUUCCCAGUCUCUCAUGUGGUCCAGCUGAGUCACAGUGGCAUCACUCAGUGUCCCGUCCUCACUCCAGACUUUCUGAGGACGGCACACGGCUUCCACACACACCCGCCUGCUCAGACCGCUCUGGACGAGUUUACAGAGAGCCACAGUCCUCCCAGAAGCUACGUCCACCUCAAUGUACAAUCAGAGUUUCAAGGAGUGGGACGCCAGGGGACAGCGAAACACCAGCGCACCAAUGAGCACAGAGAGCUGUCACUGCUGGCCUACUUAAGUCAGCUGCAGUCUGCUGACCCUGGACCAGUCAGACCCAUACACAGCCUCACUCCAUACCAGGUCCCUCACACGGCGGUAGCUUUAGGUGUGAUCCACUGUGAGAUCGCUCCCAGUCACAUGUUUUAUGCCGCCAAUGCGAGUCUGGUUGGACUCUGCUGCCUGGGAGAGAAAGUGAUGAGCAGAGGAGGACCAGUGGUUCUUUCUCAGGCACCAAUCUGCCCGUGUGUGGGCUUAGGUGUUCUUCGAGGUAUUGACAUGGAGCGAGGUCUGUACUUCCUGCUGACGCCUGUUGAUCCCUCGAUCCUUCGUAAGGUCAACUGUCUCCUCCUGGGAGCGGUGUCACUGCCUUCCUGCGUCCUCACAACACAGCCCGGCUUCGAAGGCGAGACGCCGUACGUCACCACAGAUUACAGUUUCGAUCUAACCGGUGCAGGAAAGCUUCGAGUCUUCAAGGGAAUGACGAGACCCAGUCAACUCGGCAUGGAAUGACAUUUUCUAAUCAGUAUCUACAUUUUCACUGGCGCCUUGUGCCAAAACUACCGACACCUGUCAGCGUUGGCUGUUGAACCUGGAGAACUGACCUGGAGAACUGAGACGAGCCGGACAGUUUUAUUAUUUCAGUCUGACAGCCAGUAUCACAGACUCUCUCUUCAGGAGGACAUUUUGAGUUCCUGGACUUCCUCUCUGAACUUCCUCAUCACGUCUUACACCCUCAGUACAUUUUGAGGGAGCCCUGAAGGAGUUUUGAGUUUCUGUUUUCUGUCACACGGACAAUAAUACCACACGUAGUUCAAACCUUUGUUUCAUGUGUCUUCUCGUAGGGGGCGGCUCAAAGCUGCAAGAAAAACAAAAACCCUGUCGUGUAUCACAGGAGGGACGGUUUACCUUUCAGACUUUGGUGCUUUCCUUUGAGUUUCAGCAGUAUAGAUAUUUGUUUCAAUUGAAUCCAGACAGUCAAAGGCCAUUUAAACAUGUCGUCACAGUAUUACAGUGUAGUCCCUGAGUGGUUGGUACAUUUGUGACGGUUGUAUUUGUGGAUAAAACACUUUCUGACAAGAUGUUUGGAGUGUUUAUGCUUAGUUCAUCUAACAUCUAAGCAAGGAAACUUAUCAAUUCACAAAACUGAAUACACAUCCUGUCCAUAUUUUGGCUUUUUCCAGCUCCGUAAGUCAUAUUUUAUUGCUGACUAAUGCUGCUGUACAUAAACAUUCCUGCACUUCUAGUUCAAUCAUGUUUUGGUGGGCUUAUGUUUGAAAUAAGUGACACAAUUCAAAGACUGUUUUGUUCCUUUGUGUUAUCAUUUUGACCUCAAGGGGGCAGCAGAUGUAUGUUGAGGUUUGUAUUUACACAACGGCAGAUGUUCACCUACAGAAAGUCUCCAGGGAAAGAGAAAUGUUCAGAAGUCGUCGGCGUGUGAUACAAAAUAAAUGUGGUGUUUUCUGUUUUUCAAAGAAAAUGAAGAAACAAUCAAA